CACACCAGGAGCUCCCGCAGCGGUGGCAGCCGUUGCGCGGCGCUUGGUGCGGUGCGGUGCGGGCAGAGGGCUGCGGGCUCCUUCUCCUCGGGGGCGGCUCCGCCAUGGGGCGUCCGCCGCGGGGCUGCUGAGGCGGCGGGGGGCUCCAUGGGGGAGCGGAGGGCGACGUGCGCUGGGGCUGGGACGGGCCUGGGGCUGGGGCACCGCGCCGCCGCCGCCAUGCCAAGCGGCACUCCUGGCAUCUGUGCUGCAGAGCCAGCCAGUGUGACGCCUUGGCGUUUGUGACUUCACAGAAUCACAGAAUGUCUACGUUGGAAGAGACCUCAAGACCAUCGAGUGACAAACAAAGGCAACUCUGCAUUUCCUUCUUCAACACCCGCUUUCUUCACAAAAACAAAACAAAACAAAACAAAAAACACAGAACUUCAUCCCUCACACGGGACUCCCGAACUGAGCCUGCAGGGGCUGCCAAAGGCAGCAGCUCCUCAAGCACUGCUCGCACACGGCUCCCUACCACGGGCUCCAUCCAUCCCCCAGGAGCAAACUUGGUCAAACUAAGCCCCUUUGGAGAUAUUGGAUGGCAGGCCUUACCAAAUGCCGGACAAAGGAAAAGAUCUAACACAAGAAGGGCUGCCCCGUGCCAGGCACAGUGUAGUUCCAGGCACUUCCAACAGCCCCACUGCAGGCAAGAGUGAGCCUGUGCGGGAUGAUGACAGCGCCUCUGGAGAAAUGUCCGGCAGAGGGCUGCCACGAUGACAGAGCGGGCCUGGACUAGAGCAGCCCAGAGGUGUCUCCUGACCCCCACCUUGCUGUGAGCUGGUGUCUUGACGGGAGGCUGCCGGGAACAAGGAGGCUCCACAGCAAGCACUCAGGCUUUGUGACGUGGGGCGGCGUCAGGCCACAAGACCAUUGUGACACGGCAAGCGUCCCCAUGGUGACGGUGUGACUUAUAUGGCCCGAGCCCCCGUGGUGCUCACUCCCAGGAGUGCAGCGCCGUCAGGAGGCAGCAGCUGCCCUGGGUGCCUGUUUCUUUGUCUCUGUGAGAGGACAAAGGGAUGCCGAAGGAGCAAGAGGCGAAGGCCUGCUCCCAGCCCAACAAAGGGCUGCCGAGCAUGAAGAAGCACCACCAGGUGCGGGACAGGGAGGGAGGGAGAGGGCAGACACAGGAGAGAGAGUGCCAGGUGGCGGAGCAUGGUACCGGGGCGCGAGGCCUGGCCCUGAGUGUCUGCGGUCCAGGCCCAGGUUCUCGUGCCCCAGGGGUUUCUCUGGGGCAGAGCUGAGGCCUGGGAUGGCUGUGACUCGCGUGGGUCGGGCAGCACUCUGUCCGAAGGAUGUGGCACUGAGGUGGGGCUGGGUGUCCAGGCACCACAAGGGAUGCUGGUGGCAGCGCAGCCACCACCAUCCCACACCUCCUUCUCCCCACAGGUGCAACCCAAACCGCCACAGGCAGGACCGCUGUGCAGCCAGACUCCAUCCUUGUCCAUCCACGGGGUGAGGCUGCCACAGCUCCACUGUCCACAGAAGUCACAGGCCUCUAGGAAGAAGAGCACACAGGUAGGGAGCCCAAGUGAGAUGGGGCCAGAUGCCUUCCCAAGCCCUGGGAGCUGCUGACAAGGAGGCGGCACGUGCUGGAGGGGGCAGGUGGGCAGGUGCUGGAGGUGGGCAGGUGGGAAAGGACUACGGUAACAUCACCUUUCUCCUUGGCUUCCCUUGCAGACAGACAGCCUGAAGCUGAGGCAGGCACUGCCCGGCAGCAGUGCCACCGGUGAACGGAGAGAUCCUCUACCAGCCUUGCCGCCUCUGCCAAGGCAGGCAGCGACACUGAGAAGUACACAUCGGCAUUCAGUGGGAGCUUCAACUAUCCCCCGGCUGCCCAGUCUGUCAGUAGCAGGCUCCACCUCUUCUGUGCCAUGCAGAGACUGCAUCACAAGCACCAAGGCUGUCAGACUCCCCGAGGUCGUCCCACGUCCUCAAGGACACGUGAGAAAAGAGCAAAUGGCAGCAACUGCCGAGAGCCGGGGGACAGCCCUGCAAGCCCCCGCAUCCAUUCUGGCGCCUCUGCAGGCCAGACCCCAGCAAGACAACAGGCCAACCCCAAGCCAUGCUGCAGCCAGGAGCCAAAGACCCAGGGUGCAGCUGAGGGUACAAAGGCACUACGCCCCUCCCAGCAGUGUGGCAACACCCGCAAGGACAGCCCAGGUGCCGGCCACCAAGACUGAAAAGAUGCCAGCAACACGGAGACGAAAAGAUGGCCAUGCUCGAGAGGACACAAGAGCUGCUGCUGGGAUCUCCAAGCCAGGAGGGAGGCAGCAGAAGGAAGCCACCUGGAACCUUCACUGGGACCCAGACGCAGCCCACCAGCAGGGGCCUGGCUCACCCCACAGCACUGGCAGAGAUUCUGCCAGAGAGGCAGUCAGCCCCGCACAGAGCGCAUCUCUUGCCAUGUCAGGGCCAACCAAUGCUGAGCCAGCAGAUUCUGCGCAGGUUGCAGGUCCUGCCAGUGAGGGGGACAAGAAUCCUAUGGGUGCAUCAGCACCCAGAGAUGCUAAAUCGCCUUCUCCCCUGGCUGCUGCUAUGCCCGGCCCUUCCACAAGCAGCCAGAAAAGACCGCCGACAUUGAAAGACCGGGUCAAGAUCAACUGGGAUAUCUAUGGGUGCUCCUCCUUUCGGCCAGCAAUGCAGAUCAUUCCGAGCGGGGAGAGGGAAGGCUGCCAGUUGUCCCGGUGGAACGAGUCCUGGCCGAGCAGCGUGAAGGUUCCGAGGUUGCGAAGGAUCUGGGCAGCAGACGACGGUGACACAGCUGACAGCACUGCAGCCAGUGCAUCGGGCAGGCAGGAGGUGGCAGUGAGGACUGCGGGCCAGCGCCUUCCCUACUUUUGCUCCACAACGAGUAAGACCAUUCUGCAGGACAUUCAGGAAGAGUGGGAAGAGAGCCCCAGGAUAGAAGCUGUGGCAGAAGCAGACGACGUCCUGCCCAGCACGUCUCCUGCCCCAUCUGGUGAGGCAGAUGCCAGGCCUUCAGCUGCUCCUAUGGCCGCAGUUCCUGGGCCCGAGGAGCUCCCCCCGGCCUGCAUGCCCAAAGAGGGAAAAGCUUCAGCCUCUCCCCUGGCUGCUGCUGUGCCCGGCCCUUCCACAAGCAGCCAGAAAAGACCGCCGACAUUGAAAGACCGGGUCAAGAUCAACUGGGAUAUCUAUGGGUGCUCCUCCUUUCGGCCAGCAAUGCAGAUCAUUCCGAGCGGGGAGAGGGAAGGCUGCCAGUUGUCCCGGUGGAACGAGUCCUGGCCGAGCAGCGUGAAGGUUCCGAGGUUGCGAAGGAUCUGGGCAGCAGACGACGGUGACACAGCUGACAGCACUGCAGCCAGUGCAUCGGGCAGGCAGGAGGUGGCAGUGAGGACUGCGGGCCAGCGCCUUCCCUACUUUUGCUCCACAACGAGUAAGACCAUUCUGCAGGACAUUCAGGAAGAGUGGGAAGAGAGCCCCAGGAUAGAAGCUGUGGCAGAAGCAGACGACGUCCUGCCCAGCACGUCUCCUGCCCCAUCUGGUGAGGCAGAUGCCAGGCCUUCAGCUGCUCCUAUGGCCGCAGUUCCUGGGCCCGAGGAGCUCCCCCCUGCCUGCAUGCCCAAAGAGGGAAAAGCUUCAGCCUCUCCCCUGGCUGCGCACCCUGUGUUGGAGGCCAGGACAGCACCUCUCACCCCAUCAGCAUGUGAGGAAGAAGAAGCAGCACCUUCUCCCCUGGCUGGGGGCCUUCUGCAAGAGGUAAGCAAGGUAUACCUUCCUCGUCCCACAGUCAUGGAAGCCACAGACCCCUGUCGGUGGGCCUCGAGGCCCCUCAUCCCUUAUCCAUCUGGCAUCGGGGGCAUCGGGGCCCGGAGCAUGGCCAAACAGUGGCCCACAGGGCUGUGGUUUUCUCUCCCCAUGCAGGUUUCCUCCGAGCAUAGAAGCAGUGCACAGUGUUCCUCACACUUCCAAUUGGUGCCAGAGGAAGGGCCAGGCACCGCUGCCCUCCCGCACGCUGUGGCUCGCUCGCAAUUGCCCCCCCUCUUCAGGAGAGCACUUCGGGCUCUCCGCAGGAGUUACUGCUUCAGCUGCAUCACAGAAGACCUAGAGCAACGUGAGGCUGACAGUACCAGGGAGCUCCCCACAGAUGGCAGCUUCGGUCCCGAGGACGGGGCUUCUGAAUAAAAUUGUUCAGGACUAUUU